AUGGCUCAAGCAAUCAAGAGCGCUCUCCCCACUCACCUGAAGUCCCCUCUGGGCGGCCAAGGCAAGAGUGACGAGGAGUUUAGCUCCCGUCAUCACGGCAAGACGAGGUCUCACAUGGCUUUCGAGAACACCUCCACCAGCGUCGCCGCUGCCCAGAUGCGCAAUGCCCUCACUCAGCUCUCCGAGACCGUCUCGGACCCUGAGCAGAAGAAGCUCUUCGAGACUGAGAUGGACAACUUCUUUGCCCUCUUCCGCCGCUACCUGAACGACAAGGCCAAGGGAAACGCUGUCGACUGGGACCGCAUUGCCCCUCCCGCCCAGGGCCAGGUUGUCGACUACGAGGACCUCGCCAACUCGGAGUCCGUUCAGUUCCUCAACAAGCUGGCCGUCUUGAAGCUCAACGGUGGUCUUGGUACCUCCAUGGGUUGCGUCGGUCCCAAGUCCGUCAUCGAGGUCCGUGAUGGCAUGUCCUUCCUCGACCUGUCCGUCCGCCAGAUCGAGUACCUCAACCGCACCUACGACGUCAACGUCCCCUUCAUCCUCAUGAACUCGUUCAACACCGACGAGGACACGGCCUCCAUCAUCAAGAAGUACGAGGGCCACAACGUCGACAUCCUUACCUUCAACCAGUCCAGAUACCCCAGAAUCCUGAAGGACUCCCUCCUGCCCGUUCCCAAGAAGUACGACUCGUCCAUCAACGACUGGUACCCCCCCGGUCACGGUGACGUUUUCGAGUCGCUGUACAACUCUGGCAUUCUCGACAAGCUCAUUGAGCGUGGUAUUGAGGUUGUCUUCCUUUCCAACGUUGACAACCUCGGCGCCGUCGUCGAUCUCCGCAUCCUCCAGCACAUGGUCGAGACCGAGUCAGAGUACAUUAUGGAGUUGACCAACAAGACCAAGGCCGACGUCAAGGGUGGUACCAUCAUCGACUACGAGGGCUCCGUCCGUCUUCUCGAGAUCGCCCAGGUGCCCAAGGAGCACGUCAACGAGUUCAAGUCCAUCAAGAAGUUCAAGUACUUCAACACCAACAACAUCUGGCUGAACCUCAAGGCCAUCAAGCGCGUCGUUGAGAACGACGAGCUCGAGAUGGAGAUCAUUCCCAACGGAAAGACUAUCCCUGGCGACAAGAAGGGCGAGUCAGACAUUUCCAUCAUCCAGCUCGAGACCGCCGUCGGCGCCGCCAUCCGUCACUUCAAGAACGCCCACGGCGUCAAUGUCCCUCGCCGCCGCUUCUUGCCUGUCAAGACAUGCUCUGACCUGAUGCUCGUCAAGUCUGAUCUCUACACUGUCAAGCACGGCCAGCUCCAAAUGAGCUCCAGCCGUUUCGGUGACGCUCCUCUCAUCAAGCUGGGCAGCGACUUCAAGAAGGUCUCGGACUUCCAGAAGCACAUCCCCUCCAUCCCCAAGAUCAUCGAGCUGGACCACCUUACCAUCACAGGUGCUGUCAACCUCGGCCGCGGUGUGACGCUCAAGGGCACUGUCAUUAUUGUUGCUACGGAAGGCAGCACUAUUGAUGUGCCUCCUGGAUCCAUCCUCGAGAACGUUGUUGUGCAGGGUAGCCUGCGUCUGCUUGAGCACUAA